AUAUUAUUAUUUAUUUUAAUAAUAAGUUGUAAUAAUCAUGAAUACAAAAAAGGCAAUAACUUUUGGUAAAAUUAAUAAAAAUUUAACUCGAGAUAUGACGAAAAAUACAGAAACUGUAAGUUCUGGAUUUGGUACAUUUGGCAAAAAAUCAUUGGAGACUAAUAUAACAAAAAUGAAUGAAAUUAAACCUGAAGAUGAAGAAGAGUCUCAAAAUUUGAAACAAGUUAUGGGCAUAACAGGUUUUGGUAAGAAGGCUAAAUCUUUUGAUGUACAAGAAAUGUUGGAAAAUAUUACAAAAACUAUUAAUAAUAGUAAAGUAAGUAAUGUAAAUAUAAAAUCUAUUGAAAAAGAAAAUCUAUCUAAAACUAUAUUCGCAAAAGAAGAAACUAAAGAUAUUGAUAUUAUUAAUAACGGAAAUAUUAAUGAUAAUGAAGAAGAUGAUGAUUUUAUUGGACCUCCAAUACCUCCUGAACUUCAAAAUUCAAUUAAUUUAGAACAAUCUACGAAAGUAAAAGAUCAAAAUGACAAUGAAAGUGAUGAAGAUGAAGAACAAUCUGAUACAGAAGAAGAAUUACAAUUAAAAGAUAAAAUUCCAUGCAGUCAUGAAGUUACAAUGACUCAUGGAACAAAGGCAGUAACAGCUAUUGCAGCAGAUCCUUCUGGAGCAAGAUUAGCUUCAGGUUCUAUUGAUUAUGAUGUUUGUUUUUGGGACUUUGCUGGCAUGGAUUCAUCAAUGAGAAGUUUUCGAACAUUGCAACCUUGCGAAAACCAUCCAAUCAAAUGUCUACAAUACUCAAUGACUGGUGAUGUUAUAUUAGUUAUAUCAGGUUCUGCACAAGCAAAAGUUUUAGACAGAGAUGGUUUUGAAAAAUGUGAAACUGUGAAGGGUGAUCAAUAUAUAACAGAUAUGGCACGUACAAAAGGUCAUACAGCAGGAUUAAACAGUGGUUGUUGGCAUCCAUUCACAAAGGAGGAAUAUCUUACUUGUUCACAAGAUAGUACAUGUAGAAUAUGGAUUUUAUAUAGACCACGUGCACAUAAACAUCUAAUAAAGUGUAGAGCACAAAAUGGUGUUAAAACCAUACCAACCACAUGUGGCUACAGUAGAGAAGGUAACGUAGUUGCUUGUGGUUGUGUAGAUGGUUCUAUACAGAUGUGGGAUCAUAGAAAAAAUUUUGUUAAUCCAUCAUUGAUUCAGAGAAAUGCACAUGCACAAGGUGCUGAGAUAUCAAGCCUAAGCUUCUCUUAUCUUGGACAAAUGCUUGCAACCAGAAGUUGUGAUGAUACAUUAAAGCUUUGGGAUUUAAGAGCAUUUAAAACACCUAUUUUUGAAGCAAAAAAUUUAUAUUCUAGAUAUGAUACAACCGAUUGUAUGUUUAAUCCAGAUGAUUCAAUUCUUAUUACAGGAGAAUCUUUAAGUAAAAAUCAAAAUACUGGUAGAAUUUUAUUUUAUGAUACAAAAACUUUUGAUCUAAUUAAUGCAAUAAAUGUAACAAAUUCACAUGUUAUUAAAACAUUAUGGCAUCCAAAAUUAAAUCAAAUAUUUGUUGGUUGUGGAAAUGGAAUAGUUAAGGUAUAUUACGAUUCUAAGAAGAGUUUAAGAGGUGCAAAAUUAUGUGUUAUAAAAACGCAUUUAAAACAAAAACAUAUCGAAGUAAUGUCAACUCAACAAAUUAUUACACCACAUGCACUUCCAUUAUUCAGACAAGACAGGCCUAAAUCUAUUCGUAAACAAAUGGAAAAAGAUCGUUUAGAUCCCGUUAAAUCGAGAAGACCAGAUUUACCAAUUACUUCUGGACAAGGUGGAAGAGUUGCUUCUUCUGGUGGAACACUUAGCUCUUAUGUAAUUCGCAAUUUGGGACUUAGUAAAAGAAUAGAAGACGAUCAAGAUCCACGAGAAGCCAUAUUAAAAUAUGCAAAAGUAGCAGAAGAAAAUCCAUAUUGGAUUGCGCCAGCAUAUAAAAAAACACAACCACAAACGAUAUUUCAAACGGAUGAGCAGGAUGGUGCAUCAAGUGCAAAGAAGCAAAAAACUUAAAAAAAUAUAGAUGUUUUGUAAAAAUUUUUAUAUUAUUCAUCAAUAGUUUUUUUGUACAAAAAUUUUUCGUUUAAAAAAAAGUAUAAAUAUAAUAAGAACUUCGUUCAUUCACGUUUUGAUUAAUAUUUGUAGUUGAUCGCAAUUUGAAAAAAUUUAAUACUAUGUAUAUAAAAAUAUUUAUUUUAACUUAA